AAAUGUCUUUUCCUGGACUCUCUCCCAUCCUCCGCCGCACGCUGCUCGCGGCGCAACCUGCUUUCAGGUCGCGCGCCUACGCGUCAAAACCUGCGCCUGCCAAAGCAUCGAACCCCAACGCUCCUUCGUCUUGCACGCCGGACACCGUAUUAGUUGGGGUGAACUACCUGAAGGGACAGGCACCCGUCCUCGCGAAGCCCGACGAAGAGUAUCCCGACUGGUUGUGGAACGUGCUGAAGCCGCGGGUGUGGCCAGAGGACGGGCCUGGCGGACGGGCAGAGCGGGCGGAACGCAGGAAAGAAAACAAGCGCAGGAUCAGGGAUGCGAACUUCAUGUCCACGCAAUAGACGCGUUAGUGCGAGGCUCCCGUCAUUCCCCCGUUCGCCCAUUGCUUCAUUUAUGUAUGUGUAGUGCCAUCCAUCACCACGCUGCCAACCCAAUGCGUCCGUAAUGCAUUAUGUUCCACCCCGUCGAAUCGCCGACGACGUCGUGGCCACGGUCUACACGGCAAGCUCCUCGCUGUUACGUUGAGCGUGCGGUGGUCGUACGUGCAUAGGACCAUACCUUCUAUUAUAGCAUAGUCCUCCACUUAUUCUGGGUCGCGCACGAUCUGCUCAUCAAUUACAAUAUAUGAGUCUUGACUUCAUUCUACAAGGCUUCAUUGCGUAGAAC